AUGAGGUCCAUCGUGCUGCUCCUGGCCACCGUCGCCGCCGUGCAUGCUGGAGCACUGGAUGAAGCAGAUCAUGAGGGUGUCAGCAUUGCAAAGCGACACGCCCUCUACGGCUUGGGGCUGGCUGAUUCUGCCGCCCAGGCGCAGGCCCAGGCACAGGCCGCUGGGCUCGGGGGUGGAUACUACGGUGGGGGUGGAGCUGCACUGAGCCAGGCACAGGCACAGGCGCAGGCUGCUGGGCUGGGCGGCGGCUAUCACGGCAUCUGGAAGCGACACGCCCUCUAUGGCUUGGGGUUGGCUGAUUCUGCUGCCCAGGCACAGGCCCAGGCACAGGCCGCUGGGCUCGGGGGUGGAUACUACGGUGGUGGUGGAGCUGCACUGAGCCAGGCACAGGCACAGGCGCAGGCUGCUGGGUUGGGUGGUGGUUACCAUGGCAUCUGGAAGAGACACGCCCUCUAUGGCUUGGGGUUGGCUGAGUCUGCUGCCCAAGCACAGGCCCAGGCACAGGCCGUUGGGCUCGGGGGUGGAUACUACGGUGGGGGUGGAGCUGCACUGAGCCAGGCACAGGCACAGGCGCAGGCUGCUGGGCUGGGUGGUGGCUACCAUGGCAUCUGGAAGAGACACGCCCUCUACGGCUUGGGGCUGGCUGAGUCUGCUGCCCAGGCACAGGCCCAGGCUCAGGCUGCUGGGCUCGGGGGUGGAUACUACGGUGGGGGCGGAGCUGCACUCAGCCAGGCACAAGCACAAGCGCAGGCCGCUGGGCUGGGUGGUGGCUACCACGGCAUCUGGAAGCGACACGCCCCCUAA